AUGUCUCGGAAGAGAGCCGCCCCGUCGAUGCGGUUGGAGGGCCCCGCUGCGGCACCGCUUCUGGAAGAAGCGCUGCUGGUACACACGCGCUCUGCGUUGGCUCGCAACUUCAUGCUAAUUACAGAACGCACCAUUGAGCUUGCUGCACAGCCGCAUGCACACUGCAUCGUGGGUGACUUGGAUACCCUUCCCGGGACAGCGGCGGUUGGAGGGACCGCGGAACCUGCUGGCGACGACGUCAGCAGCGCCAAAUCACUAAUGCUGGACGCAAGAGGCGCCAGCAACAUAGCUAUGCGGGCGGUCUUGCCAUGUGUUCAAUACUUCAUCGUUAGCGAGUGUGCUCGUGUUGCCCGCGUGGUGCGCGAGGAGGGCGGCAACGGGUACGGCGACGACCCGGCGACCCGAGCAGCGGAGCUACUCGGGUUUCUUCUCUCCAUGCUUGACAAGUAUGACACGUUCUCCAACCUCUUUGCCGUGGCGUGCCCGUCCUGCCGCGUCGCAGGGGUUAGCUACUCGUCCUUCUCAUUUUUGCCGCAGUUUUUGGCGUUGUCGCAGCGAGCGAGCGCGGACGAGAUACACUUGAUGGACCAGAAAAGCCUGAUCGAGCGUCUGGGGUUGCUGGACGGGUGUCGCGCUACCACUGGGCAGCCGUUGGAUGUGAUGGAGUGCUGUCCUUUCGGUGAAGCGCACCUCUCCCUCUACCUCUUGAUCCGGACGAGCUCGGGAGAGAGGCACAACUGGCGUCUCAGCAGACUUUGGUGGCAACACGUACCUUUUCAGCUUCUAUCCUUCCCCGCCAUCGCCAAGGCGGCAAAGGCGUUCGAGACGUCCAUGGGCCAAUACACGGCGGAUCGCACACGCGAUUUGAUACGACACCAGCACAUGGCGGCCAACUCAGGCGGAAAGUGGGCACCACCGACAUGUAAGCAAGCAAAGUCGCCGAAGUUCACUGCAGCUCAACGUGCGCUUAUCAAGCCCAAGGCCGGUUGUCUAACGUGGGCCGAGGAGCUGCUCCGCGCGAUUCUGCCAGAGACCGCCACGCAUCCGUGGCACCGCAAUUCGGCCGACCUUCAGUCACGCAUCCGAAGCUGCUACGCCUACACGUGCGCGGAUGUCAACCACGGCGGAUAUUUCUCCGCGACGCUGGAGCCACCGCUUUCCCUGUUGUUCUCUACGUUCAGUACGGGGUCGUUCGCGAGCACGGCCAGCUUUGUGCAGGCAAGGCUGCUUUUUGCCCACAUGAAGGUGUGUCAGCACGUGGCCGAGGCACUGCUGCGUGGUGGCUGCUGCUCAUGCCACAGUCGCCACGAUGCCGCUGCUGGAGAAGUACUGUUUGUGGAGGCACACGGUCCGUUCAUGACGGCGCUGCGCCACUGCCGUGACGAGUCGUACCUCCUCACGGGCAACGAUACAGUGACUGUGGGUAGAACGGCCAGCGCCGCGGUAGCCGUGGAUGCUGCCGAAGAGACGACGACAGCGCCUGGGGCGGUCGCUGCGGGUGGCUGUCAAGAAGCCGCAACCUUCUACGCCGCGGGCUCUUUUUCCCGGUUUCAGACAACGUUGGAGCUUACAGGGUCGAUGAACGCGGCGCAGAUAGUGAGCUACGUGACGCAAGUGACCGCAGAGUCGACAGAGACCCUGCCCGCUGCGCAGAUGCCGCGGCAGUACAUUCGAGCGGAGCUGAAGCGGCAUCAGCUGGAGAAUGUGCAACGGAUGUGGAAUAAAGAGUGCGAAGGCUAUCGCGACCACGUGUCCGUCCCGCUUUACCACGUCGACACUGCAGCGAUGCCGGCAGCACGCCAGGUCGGUGUCAUGUACUACUGUGCAGCGACGAAUGAAACCAUCGUUGUGCGUGGCAGUGGCGGCCCUGUGGUCGCAGGACGGGAGGCGGAGGCGGAGGCGUGGAAUGCGGCGGGUGGGCGCAUCCGCGGUGGCUUGCUAUGCGACAACGUGGGGUUGGGCAAGACGCUGUCGAUACUCACGCUGUGCGCUUACGAUAGGGCAGUGCGCGAGGCCGGCAACAGUGGCGGGGAAGAGGCUGAAGCCUUAGUGGGUGAGAUAGCGCUAGCGACGCGAAAGGUUUGGCAGGUGUCGGCGAAGACAGAAACGAUGCGCAACUGCAUGCUACGGUCCACCCGAGAGGUGCUCCACUGGGCAUUUGGCAACUUCCGCGCCGGGAUCGUGCCCCACCCGACUGCGCCGACGCGGCUACCGCACACAACGCUAGUCGUGGUGCCGCUGUCGAUCGCGACACAGUGGAUCGAGGAGAUCCGCAAGUUCUACCCAACCGCCUCCUACAUUCUCUUCUACGGUGCCAAGCGCGCACAGUACACGGCGGCCGACAUGCAGCGCGCCGACUUCGUCAUCACAACGUACGAGACGCUGUCGACGCACCUGCGCCAGGAGGCGUGCGGGCUGCAGUUUUGGCUGGCACGCGUGGCCGAUGAGGCGGAUGAUGCCGUCUGUGCAAAGGCUGCAUCGCAUGGCUGGUCAAACUUGAUGCCGUCGGAGCUCUUUGCGGCCGUGCAGCAGUACGCCAGCGAAGUAGUGUGGCCGGCAGCAGGGGGCAUGAGGGAAGCUGGAGGCAUCGGCAGAGGACUGGAGAUGACGCAUAUCUGCGACUGCACAGUCGUGCCACUACCGCAAGGUGGCCAGAGGACUUGUGGCAGCCACAGGAGCGAUGGCCGUGGCCACGCUCCACUGGGUAGCGGAGAAAAGCUACAGGUGUCCUCGCCCGCGAGCGACACCACCACCUCCUCGAAUACGUGGACGCUCGAGCUCGACGGUGUCGAUGGUGUGUCAGUGUUCCGCUGCCCUACCCUCUCCAUCACCGUGACCUUUGACAAUUCAGUGGUGGAUGCGACUGCGAGGUCCGUCGACCGCCACACGCGUUUGCCAGGCACCGGCGCCGUCAGUGACGCGUUUCUCGACCAUACGUGGGAGCUGCUGAGGGUUUAUAGCGCGACAACAACUUCCCUACCUGUGUGGCAAGACGCUGUCACGCAGUGCCGACUCUUCGAUGAUCAAGGCUCGCCGAGCGACACUUCAGUCUUUCUGGCGCUUCUGUACCACGCUGCCGAGGAGUACACGCUACCCGACUCCGCACGCCGCGAGCUGGUGCGCCGCGUGUUGCUUCCGCCGCUGUGGAGGGUGCUGGCGGGGUAUUGGGUCCAUAUGAAAGCGCACUACGCCGACGUGGCCGUGGCCGAGACGACGGGGCGUUCCGCGCUGCGCGUCACCGACCUGCUCUUCCGCCGCGUUGUGCUGGACGAGUCGCAGAAGUGCAGCGCCACAAGUCUCUUCCACCUGCUGAGUGGCGAGCGCCGCUGGGCCGUGACGGGCACCCCGCUCAACAACAACAAGACGGAGUCGCUAGGGUUUGCAUUGCGCUUCCUCGGGAUGCACAGCGCGGCGCGGCUGCUUAGUCGACCCCCAUUCCGCCACGCAUCCUUGACCCAUGCCUAUCUGAACACGCACAACGUGUUGUCAGCGUCCGACGCGGCUGGACAUUCUCUAGCCGACUCAGUGAAUCGGGGUCUGCGCUCCCUGUGGGUGCGUCAUCACUCCGAUACCCUCCCGGUAUCGGUGGCAAACGGCGUUGCAUUCUGUUUGUGCGCCCAGUGCGUGCAGCGCGACCUCUACAGUGCCUCGGAGGCGAGUUUCACGAACAUUCCCUCCGAAUACCGGCUAUGGACGCCUCCGCGCGACCUCCAAGUCGGUUUGCCGUGCCUGCCAAACAGUCUUUUUGAGGUGCUUACUCUCACCAUGGUGCGGCAUGAGCGCGAUGAGCAGGUGAGCCGCGAGCUUCAGCUGGCCCCUGCACGCUAUCAUGUUCAUUCUGCGGCCCUCACCGCGGACGAGAUGCGCUUGUAUGACCGCGUCGCUCUCGUUAUCAUGAACGUUGCGGCGCGCCUGCAUCGCCAGGGUAUCCUGUCAUCACGGAUGGGAUACGUCAUGCAGUGGGUGCAGGAUUUGUGUCGACUGUGCCUGCACCCGUCACGAGUGGGCAACGACAAGCUUCUACGCGGAGACAUCGAGGCGCACAUGUUGCGAGGAGUCCGGCUCAUGAGCGACAAUGGUGUCUGCGGCGCCGGUAUUACCGAGGUGCUGGCGGCCUCCUUCGUCGCGGCAACACCGCAGGAGGCGUUGGAGUGGGUCAAGCUGGUGGCAGCAGCGCGCAAGCCUGGUCUCCUCAGGGACUCAAGUGUACCAGAGGAAACGGCGACGACGCUAGCCGAGCUGGCGCAGGUGCCGCCGCUGCUGCCGCCGUGCGGUGUUUGCAUGGACACCAUGGCGGAGCCGACCCUUUUGAAGUGCUUCCACAUGUUCUGCAAGGAGUGCGUGCUUGGCGUCAUUGACGCGAGCCGAGAGGUGGCAGGCAACGCGAGCGCCAAGUGCCCGUACUGCCGCGAUCGCAAGUCGAUGCUGGAGGAGAAACGCGUCGUGACGGUUGACACAGCGGUACCAGUGAAAGCAGCGGCGGAGACGAGGCACGAUGACGACUGCUGCCGAACGGCAACUGCGCACUCAGGCGACGAGGAAGUGGAUGUGGUGCUGGCAUCCAUCGGUAACGGCAGCCGCGUGCGCGCUUUUUUGGAAGUGGUGGAGGAGAUCUGGCGCACGCAGCCGGAUGACGGUGUGCUGGUGUUCUCCAAGUAUCCCACUUUUCUGAAACUGGCGCACGAUGCGGUGGUAGCGCAGGGCUACGCGCCGCACAUGGUGUGCGGCGCCUCAUCGCUGGCGCAGCGGCAGCGUGCGAUGCGUGCGAUGCAGCCGCCCAGUGGUGCCUCGGUACUCGCAGCGCCGUAUUCUGUUUGUCACGUCGCGCAGCGCAAACGCCGGCCUCAACUUGACCUUCGCCAACCAAGUCGUUUUCCUUGA